CCAAAGCUUAUUCCUACUUGCCGCAAAAUUUUUUAUCAUCAUUGGAUUUAAUUGCGCAAACUAAUAUCAAAAAAAAUGGAACUUUGGGACACUACAAUUUUACGGUUCAAGAGGCUUUAGACUUCCGUGCAAUGUCUGGUGGAUUAAUUAAUCAUGUUGUAACCGGCUCAGAACAAUUUUCUGGGCAUUUUAUUGGACCUUUUC